AUGGCUUCCUUUCAAGCAGACCAUCCGGCACCCGCCGCCUUGCAUAGCAAUUGGGUCGUCCAAAAGUUUGGCGGCACCAGUGUUGGCAAGUUCGCUUUGAAUAUUAUCCAGCAGGUCGUCGAACCCAGUCUCAUUGACAACCGUGUUGCUGUCGUCUGCUCAGCCCGAAGCAGCUCUACCAAGGCCGAAGGCACCACAAACCGGUUACUGCGGGCAGCCCGGGAUGCGGAGAACUCCCAUUCGCGGCAAUAUGAAGUAUUAGUCGAGGCCGUUCGCCUGGAGCAUACCCAAGUGGCACAGGAACAGUUGAAAUCAGUGGAUCUGAAAGAGCAAGUGGUAGCAGACAUCAACGGCGAAUGCGAGCGAGUCCUCAAAGUCCUCGAAGCUGCCCAGACCCUCGGCGAAAUUAGCGCACGAUGCGUGGACAAAGUGAUCAGCACAGGCGAAAAACUGAGCUGUCGCCUAAUGGCCGCAUUUCUGCAAGAUCGCGGCGUCGAUUCACAAUAUGUCGAUCUCUCCGAAAUAAUCGACUUCCCCAUCGGCACCCACGGUCUGGACCAGACAUUUUAUAACUCCCUCGCCGCGGCGCUGGGGAAGAAAGUCGCCGAGUGCGGUCACCGGGUCCCCGUCAUCACUGGUUACUUCGGUACCAUCCCCGGCGGACUCUUGGACCAGGUUGGACGUGGUUAUACAGAUUUGUGCGCUGCGCUUGUGGCCGUUGGCACGCAUGCCAAGGAGCUUCAAGUUUGGAAAGAGGUCGAUGGUAUUUUCACGGCUGAUCCGCGGAAAGUGCCAACGGCUCGACUCUUGCCUGCGAUUACCCCGUCCGAAGCGGCGGAGUUGACCUUUUACGGAUCAGAAGUCAUUCAUCCAUUUACCAUGGAGCAGGUGAUUCGCGCCCGGAUCCCGAUUCGCAUUAAGAACGUCAUGAACCCCCGAAACAAGGGCACGGUUAUUUUCCCCGAUUCCCCGGCUGAGUUGGAGCGUCGUACACCUGGCCACGACCCGCGAUUGUUCCGCACGCGGAGCUCGAGUCUGGCGCAGAAGCCGAAACGGCCUACCGCCGUCACGAUCAAACAUAAGAUUUUGGUCAUCAAUGUUCACUCGAAUAAGCGAUCGCUGUCGCACGGCUUCUUUGCCGGGAUAUUUUCCGUAUUGGAUAAGUGGCGCCUGUCAAUUGACCUGAUUUCGACGAGCGAGGUCCACGUGUCGAUGGCAUUACACUCGGAGGCGCCCCUGCUGAAUGGUAACGGAAGGGAUGAAUACCAGGUCAUUGAUGAUGAUCUAAAGGGGGCCCUGAAUGAUCUGGGCAAAUAUGGAACGGUCGAUAUUAUUCCCGAAAUGGCCAUUCUGAGUUUGGUCGGCAAGCAGAUGAAGAACAUGAUCGGUGUGGCGGGGCGGAUGUUCACCACACUUGGGGAGAACAAUGUGAACAUUGAGAUGAUUUCGCAAGGUGCAAGUGAAAUCAACAUCUCCUGCGUCAUCGAAGAGCGCGACGCCGACCGCGCUCUCAAUAUCAUCCACACCAGCAUGUUCACCUUCUUGGACUAG